AUGGAUGCUAGAACUAGUCCAUCAACUAGACGACAGACAGGCGCGUUGGCAGCGUGUGAAAAAUGCCGCAUCCUCAAGGUGAAAUGUGUUCGCCAUGAAGAAGGACGGCCGUGCCUGAAAUGCGCCAAGGCACAGGUUCAGUGUAUUAUCCCUCAACCCAGGCAGCGCACGCGCCAAGGACAGCGCUCGCAACCCCAAAGCCAAACACCAGCGGGAUGGAUAGCGCAUGAGCCCCUACCAGAUCUGGAUUUAGAUCUGACUGGGAUAUUGGAUACCGAGGGUAGACUUGACACAGUGUCAACGCACUCUACCAAUAUAGACAAUGCGUGGAUUAUAAACCUGGGUCUCAGCGAUGUUGUCCUCCAGCACCUCCUGGACAUCUUUCGAAGCAUGGACUGCUAUUUUCCAUUCGUUAUAAUCCCUGCCAGUUGGACACCGGCAUCUAUGGCCCAGGACAGACCGUUCUUAUUGCUUGCAGCAGUCACAAGUGCUGCCUCAAGGUACCAUUACCUGCAGCAGGCCCUCAUUGACGAACUCAAAGAAGUCCUCAGUCGUCGGGUCAUCAUGGCCGGUGAGAAGGAUUUGGAUCUUCUUCAAGGGCUACUGGUUCAUCUUGCUUGGUUCCAUUUCUGUUUGGACCCUCGGAGCCAACAAACUUUUCAAUAUUCGCAGAUGGUAGUUGGCAUGCUUUUUGAUCUCGGUCUAGAUCAAGACACUCUCAAUAUGACCCAGCAACCUCAGCCGGGAGAAUUGCAUGCUCGGGAAGCGCGACGUGCCUACUUGGGGUGCUUUUAUAUCUCUAGCGUGAUCGCUAUAGCUACAGGCAAACCAAACAGUCUUCCUUUCUCUGAACAUGUCCUUCCGUGUGCUACCAUGCUGCAAGGAGAACAGGAAUUUGUUACCGAUACGUUGCUAUACCCGGUGAUCAAACUGCAGCAGUUCAUCCAGGAAGAGUGGUGGACUGCUUUGACAACGGUGCUUCGCCAAUAUGCUCUUCUGAGGAAUGGGUACCACGCAGUCAAGGUUCUGAUCUAUGAGAUGGGCAUCGUCUAUCGAUAUGGACAACGACCGAUUUUGCCGGGCACUGGAAAGUCUACUUCGCUCCAAUCGUCACAGGUCACCCUCAACCUGACCAAAUGCGUCAUCGCUGCCAAAGAAUACCUUGAUUUAUUCAUCGCGAUACCAACGGAGGAGUACAGCAAGCUGCCUCUUGCAACAUGGUAUCAGGCAAUCCUCUCCACGAUGGUUCUCUACAGACUAUGUAUCGGAAUCUCAGAGUUUCCCGAUUGGAACGGAGAUAUCGCACAGGAAACCGUUAAUCUGGAACAAUACCUCGAUGCGCUGAAUAGUCGUUUACAGUCGGUUGAAGGAAAGCCAGCGGCAGAAUCCCAGUGCCCGCCCGCAAAUUAUCUCUUUACGAUGUUUCCCGAAAUCCUGGAAAGCGUAAAGACUUCCUAUCACUCAGCGAAGCGGGGUCAUAGUCAUGGCAGCAACGGAAACGACCCCCAUCGGAGCCUAGUCGGGCACCCUACGAAAGGCAUGCCAUCUUCCGCUCGAGGCCCGUACCGGUGUCCUGGAAUGCGGAACCUGCGCCGGGACUUUCUCACGGACUCUAUGGAGCAGUCUGUACGACAGGGCUACAUCGCCGCAGAACUAGAGAAGAUCGAAAACGAGAAGCUCUGGAGCGAUGUUCUGGUAGCAGAUGCGCUGGCUAACCUAAAUCCGUCCACCGAGACAAUACAUUCUUCUGAGUGGACUACAGAACAGACACCUUAUUCAGGAAAAACAUGCGUGGACACCUUAUUCCCAGCGUCAUCAUAUCGCUGCGGAAGCACAGUAAACAGCCCAUCCGCAUCCCUGGGUUCAUAAUCCAGCGACAGCGCCGCCUGCACAAGAACAUCAAGUCCAAAGUUCUCCUUGAUCCAGUGCGCAACCAUAUCCAUGCCAGCAACCGCACCACUCCCCGUCCAUACAUUACCAUCAACAAUCCACUUCUUCUCCCUCGUCCACUGCACAGCAGGAUACCGGUUCUUGACAUAGUUGUACUCGAUGUUAUUCACCGUCGCCCUCCUCCCAUCCAACG